AUGAAGCACAUUGGUGAUGAUGAGUUCAAUUGCUCGAUCCUGCGGAUGUUAUGGGAAGAGCGAAAUGAAGACUACAUCCCGCACAAACCCUUUGCGGAUUGGGCAGAGAUUGAGGACGCGAUUUUCAAAGGUCUGAUCAAGGCAAUGAUGAAUCUGGACCCAUCGAAGCGUAUCACGGCGCAUCAGGCUUUGGAACAUCCUUGGGUUGCAGACUGCGAGGUCGAUUAG